AUGAGCGCCAGUCCGGGAGGAGGAGGAAAGGGCGACCUCAACAACACCACCCUCCGCCCAAUCACAAUCAAACAAGCCCUCGAUGCCUCGCAGCCCUACCCGGAAGCAAACUACCAAAUCGACGGCGCCGACGCCUCCUCCAUAACCUUCGUCGGCCAAGUCCGCAACAUCAGCACCCAGACCACAAACGUAACCUACAAGAUCGACGACGGCACCGGCGAGAUCGAAGUCAAGCAGUGGAUCGACACGAGCACGGCGCAGGAUACCAUGGAGACGGAUGAUGGGAAGGGUCCCGGCGCGCCGGGGAAGGACCAGGUCGAGUUGAAUGGGUAUGCGAGGGUUUUUGGGCGCAUGCGCGCGUUUGCGAAUAAGCGGUUUGUUAGUGCGCAUUGUGUGCGGCCGUUGGGGAAUAUUAAUGAGUUGCAUGUGCAUUUGCUGGAGGCUGCUGCUGUGCAUUUGUUUUUUGCUCGUGGGCCGCCGGGUGGUGCUGGGGCUGGGGCUGGGGGUGCUGGUCCUGGUCCUGGUGAUGCUGCGAUGGGUGGUACGGAUGACUAUGCGGCACAGGCUAAAGGGCUUCCGGCUAUGUCGCCUGUGGCGCGCAGGGUGUUUAAUCUGCUCAAGACUGAGUUUCAGAGUAACGAGGGUCUGCAUAUGCAGGUGAUUGCGACCAAGUUGGGGCUUCCGAUGGCAGAUGUGCAGCAGGCUAUUGAUGAGCUACUUUCGGCAGGUGUUAUUUUCUCGACGGUUGAUGAGUAUACCUGGGCGGUUCUGGAGUAUUAUUAG